AUGAAAAAGAGAAAGAUAAUUCUUGAAAGGCAAGAAAGUUUGCGCUCAAAACAGGAAAGGUUGCUACAAUCACAAACCUUGCUCAACCAGAGAGAGGACCUUCUUUUUAGUAGAUCUCAGGAAUUACGGGAAACUGAGGUGAACAACAAAGAGCAUGAAUUACUUGAUUUUCAAGUGAAACUCGCUGGUCGAGAAUCUGACGAGAGGAGCAACACCUGGAAAGAGAGCAGGAGUUGGAAUCCUGUCAAGUGCACUGGGUUAGAAGGAGAAGGAUGUGGUGGAUAUGUCAAGUGCUCUUAA